AUGGCAUCUCCUGCCAAUUCUUUUGUGGGAACGCCAUAUUGGAUGGCCCCAGAAGUAAUUUUAGCCAUGGAUGAAGGACAGUAUGAUGGCAAAGUAGAUGCAUGGUCUCUUGGAAUAACAUGUAUUGAACUAGCGGAAAGAAAGCCUCCUUUAUUUAAUAUGAAUGCAAUGAGUGCCUUAUAUCACAUAGCCCAAAAUGAAUCCCCUACACUACAGUCUAAUGAAUGGUCUGAUUAUUUUCCCAACUUUGUAGAUUCUUGCCUCCAGAAAAUCCCUCAAGAUCGCCCUACAUCAGAGGAACUUUUAAAGCACAUGUUUGUUCUUCGGGAGCACCCUGAAACAGUGUUAAUAGAUCUCAUUCAAAGGACAAAGGAUGCAGUAAGAGAGCUGGACAAUCUGCAAUAUAGAAAAAUGAAGAAACUCCUUUUCCAGGAGGCACAUAAUGGACCAGCAGUAGAAGCACAGGAAGAAGAAGAGGAACAAGAUCAUGGUGUUGGACGGACAGGAACAGUGAAUAGUGUUGGAAGUAAUCGGUCUAUUCCCAGUAUGUCCAUUAGUGCCAGUAGCCAAAGCAGUAGUGUUAACAGUCUUCCAGAUGCCUCGGAUGACAAGAGUGAGCUAGACAUGAUGGAGGGAGAUCAUACAGUGAUGUCUAAUAGUUCUGUCAUCCACUUAAAACCCGAGGAAGAAAAUUAUAGAGAAGAGGGAGAUCCUAGAACAAGAGCAUCAGAUCCACAAUCUCCACCCCAAGUAUCUCGUCACAAAUCACACUAUCGUAAUCGAGAACACUUUGCUACUAUAUGGACAGCAUCACUGGUUACAAGGCAAAUGCAAGAACAUGAGCAGGACUCUGAACUUAGAGAACAAAUGUCUGGCUAUAAGAGAAUGAGGCGACAACACCAAAAGCAGCUGAUGACUCUAGAAAAUAAGCUAAAGGCUGAGAUGGAUGAACAUCGCCUCAGAUUAGAUAAAGAUCUUGAAACUCAACGUAACAAUUUUGCUGCAGAAAUGGAGAAACUUAUCAAGAAACAUCAGGCUGCUAUGGAAAAAGAGGCUAAAGUGAUGGCCAAUGAGGAGAAAAAAUUCCAGCAACAUAUUCAGGCCCAACAGAAGAAAGAACUGAAUAGCUUUUUGGAGUCUCAGAAGAGAGAAUACAAACUUCGAAAAGAACAGCUUAAGGAGGAGCUAACUGAAAACCAGAGCACUCCAAAACAAGAAAAACAGGAGUGGCUUUCACAGCAGCAGGAUAAUGUACAGCACUUCCAAGCAGAAGAAGAGGCUAAUCUUCUUCGACGGCAGAGACAAUACCUAGAGCUGGAGUGCCGCCGCUUCAAGAGAAGAAUGUUACUUGGACGCCGUAACUUAGAGCAGGACCUUGUCAGGGAGGAGUUAAAUAAAAGGCAGGCCCAAAAGGACUUCGAGCAUGCCAUGCUACUGCGACAACAUGAAUCCAUGCAAGAACUGGAGUUUCGUCACCUCAACACAAUUCAGAAGAUGCGCUGUGAGUUGAUCAGAUGACAGCAUCAAACUGAGCUCACUAACCAGCUGGGAUAUAAUAAGCGAAGAGAACGGGAACUAAGGCGAAAGCAUGUCAUGGAGGUUCGACAGCAGCCUAAGAGCCUGAAGUCUAAAGCACUCCAAAUAAAAAAGCAGUUUCAGGACAGCUGCAAAAUCCAAACCAGACAGUACAAAGCAUUAAGAAAUCACCUACUGGAGACUACACCAAAGAGUGAGCACAGCCGAAACCGUGAGCACAAAGCUCUUCUGACACGGCUCAAGGAGGAGCAGACCCGGAAGUUAGCCAUCGUGGCUGAGCAGUGUGACCACAGCGUUAAUGAAAUGCUAUCCACACAAGCCCUGCGUUCGGAUGAAGCACAGGAAGCAGAGUGCCAGGUUUUGAAGAUGCAGCUGCAGCAGGAGCUGGAACUGUUGAAUUCGUAUCAGAGCAAAAUCAAGAUGCAAGCCGAGGCACAACAUGAUCCAGAGCUUCGGGAGCUUGAACAAAGGGUCUCCCUACGAAGGGCACUCUUAGAACCAAAGACUGAAGAAGAGAUGUUGGCUUUGCAGAAUGAACGCACAGAAUGAAUACGAAGCCUGCUGGAGCGUCAAGCCAGAGAAAUCGAAGCUUUUGACUCUGAAAGUAUGAGACUGGGUUUUAGUAACAUGGUCCGUUCUAGUCUCUCCCCUGAGGCAUUCAGCCACAGUUACCCAGGAGCUUCUGGUUGGUCUCACAACCCUACUGGGCGUCCAGGACCUCACUGGGGUCAUCCCAUGGGUGGCCCACCUCAAGCUUGGGGCCAUCCGAAAGGUGGACCCCAGCCAUGGGGUCACCCCUCAGGGCCAAUGCAAGGGGUGCCCCGAGGUAGCCGUAUGGGGGUCCGCAACAGCCCUCAGGCUCUGAGGCGAACAGCUUCUGGGGGACGGACGGAGCAGGGCAUGAGCGGAAGCACGAGUGUCACCUCACAGAUCUCCAGUGGGUCACAUCUGUCUUAUACAUAG